GGUUUCUUAGCGAUUCUCCACUUAUAUAAGUGCGAUUCUCCAAGUGGCCCGCGUCUCCCAUCUCGUAAAACCCUGAAACCAUAGGGUUUAGGGUUUUAGAACGGCUCCAGUUUUCCCUUGGUUCUUCUUUACUCUACCUUCCGAUCGGGUAUAGUAGCUCUGCGAUUUUUUCAGGCUUAUUUUGGACCAUCUUCGUGAAUCUGUUGCAAUGGGGAAAUCCAAUAAGAAGUCAAACGCUACGGUUGCGGUCGCUCCUGCUGCAGUUCCGCAAAAAGCUUUGAAAAAAGGAAAGAGGGAGGCUGAGGAAGAGGUCAAGAAACAAGCUAGUGCUAAGAAAUUGAAAGUUAAUCAUGCUGAUGUGCCGAAGAAGAAGAAGGAGGAAACGAGUUCCUCGGAGGAUUCUUCUUCUUCCGAGUCUGAAGAAAAGGUGAAGAUCUCAGUGAAGAAGGUUAAAGCUCCAGCUAAAAUACCAGCUAAGGAGAGCAGUAGUGAUGAUUCGUCUUCCGAUGAGGAACCUGCAACUAAGGCACCUUCUGUGACGAAAUUGCCUCAGAGUGCUUCAAGGAAUGGGACGUUGUCAGCUUCCAAGCAGCAAGAUGAGUCAAGUGAUAGUUCAAGCUCAGAGGAUAGCUCAGAUGAGGAUAAGGCGCCUGCUGCUAAGGUAGUGGCCUCUUCAAAGAAUGGGCUUGUUUCAGGUCCCAAACGCAAGCGUGACACCAAUGAUAGUUCGAGCACGGAUGGUAGCUCAGACGAGGAUAUGGAAGAUGUAAAAAAGGUUCCUGUGCCUUCAAAGAAGGUGCCAUCAACAAUCACCUCAAAGACUGGGGCUGGGGCAGCCUCCAAAAAGAAGGAUGAAUCCAGUGAUAGUUCAAGUUCAGAUAGCAGCUCAGAAGAGGACGAGGUAGGUGCAGGAAAGCCUGCUGUGCCUCUAAAGAAAGCUCCAUCAGCAAGUGUUGCAAAGACUGGGCCUGCAACUGCACCCAAAAAGAAAGUUGAAUCAAGUGAUAGCUCAGGUUCAGAGAGCAGCUCUGAUGAGGAUGAGGUGGUUCUGCCUUCAAAGAAGGUUUCAUCUACACAGCCUCUUGCUGCCUCCAAAAAGAAGGAUGAAUCAACUGAUAGCUCAAGUUCAGAAAGCAGCUCAGAUGAGGAUGAGGAGCCAGUUGCCAAAGUUUCUGCUCCUGGAAAGGGUUUGCCACCUGCUUCUAAAAAGGUAGCUGAAGAAUCAAGCGAAACCUCAGAGUCAGAUAGUGAUUCUGAGGAUGAGAACGAAACCAUGGUCAAAGUUGCACCAGCCAAAAAAGAGACAGAAAUGGCCAAGGUUGCUGCAUCUCAAAAGGCCAAGCAAGGGAAAAAUGAAAGUUCAGAGACAUCAGAUGAGUCUGAAGAGGAGGAAAGCUCUGAAAGUGAUGAUGAAGAAUCUCCUAAGAAAAAGAUGAAAACACCAGUCAACCCUGUUUCAAACUCAAUUAAAAAGGUUGUUCAAGAGGAGAGUAGCAGUGAUGAAGACAGUUCAGAUGAAAGUGAAGAUGAUAAGAAGAAACCGAAGGCAAGUAUUAUCCGUGAGGAUGAUUCUUCGUCAGAGGAAGAGAGUGAGGAGAGUGAGGAUGAGCAACCUCCUAAAACCACAACAGAGAGAGGCAAGGCUGAUGUCAAGACAAAAGAUACAGAACUUGCAUCAAAGGCUGAUAAGAAAGGGGCAAAGACUCCAGUUACUCCCAAAUCUACUGCUUCUGGGUCAAAGACCUUGUUUGUUGGGAACUUGUCUUUCUCCAUUGAAAGAGAAGACAUGGUGCAGUUCUUUCAGGACGCUGGUGAGGUUGUUGAUGUUCGAUUUGCUUCUAAUCAAGAUGGCCAAUUCAGGGGUUUCGGACAUGUGCAAUUUGCCACUGAAUCUGCAGCUCAAAAGGCUAUGGAACUGAAUGGCAAAGAACUACUUGGACGUCCUGUUAGGCUUGACUUUGCCCUUGAAAGGGGUGCACAGACACCAGGCAGCGGGAAAGAAAGAUCUUUCCAGAAUUCAUCGAAUGGACAGACCAUUUUUGUGAAAGGUUUUGAUAAGUCCCUUGAGGAGGACCAGAUCCGGAACAAUCUACAAGAGCAUUUUGGGGAAUGUGGAGAGGUUACAAGGAUUUCUAUUCCCAAGGAUUAUGAAUCUGGUGGUGUUAAGGGGUUUGCAUACAUAGAUUUUGCAUCCAGCGAUGCCUUUUCGAAAGCAUUAGAACUUAAUGGUUCAUACCUAGGUGAUUACACCUUAUCAGUGGAUGCUGCAAAUCCUAGAAGUAGCGGCGGCGGUGGUGGUCGUGGUGAUGGUGGGGGCCGGAGCGGUGGAAGGCGAUCUUUUGAUAGUGGUGGUCGAUUUGGUGGUCGCAGUGGUGGGAGAGGUGGCACUCCUAGAGGUGGUCGCUUCGGUGGUCGUGGAGGAGGCAGGGGACGUGGUACUCCUAAUAAGCCAAACCUGGCUGCUGCUGGUACAGGAAAGAAGACAACGUUCGAUGAGGAUUGAGUGGUUCAAAGAGGAUGGCUGGUUGGGAUCUUUUUUGGGUAGUUUUAUUACUUCUGUUCACAUUUUACUCUCCCCCCCUUUUAAGUAUUGACGUACUGGAUAUCUGAGGCAAACUGUUGAGCUGUUUUGUUUCUAUGAUAAUUUUUUACGAGGUAACCUGGGAAAUUGUUGGAAGGUCUGUUUGCUAAUUAUAUUCGAACCUACGUGUUUCAAUAGGAGUGACAUUACCCUGUACUACUUACCAGAUUAUGGCAGCAUAUGCAUUUUGCAUCGUGAA